GUAGAACAAACAUAAAGCCAAAAAGAAGAGUGCCACAUUGAGCUCGCGGGGCUGUAGCAGCACUCUCAAGCUCCGACAUGGUUCCUAUGCCCCAUUUCCCGAAGGCUACGUAAGGAGGCAAAAUGCUCCGUGAGGUCAAAGGCAGGUGAGUGCCUGCCAGCUUCCCCGUCAGAGUCUGUUCUUGCUCUUUUCGUUGUCGCGUACCCGCUGAUGCCCUCUGCCAAACGCUGUUUUAGUGAAUGACGUGACGUAGAGGAAAUCGCAGAGUGGAAGGAGUCGCUGCUAUAUAGUGAGAUGCAGAGGGAGCCGAAGAGCGUGAGUGCUGCAGAUCGCUGCCCGACUCUGCUGCCACUGACAGGAGGCUCAACACGGCCGGUCACCUGGACUGCGGGCACCCUUUUUUGCCCCUGGAGGCCGGAUAUCCUGUAAAACGCGCGGGGUUCCUCUCAUUUUACGGAAUAAAAGCUCGUUGCAUUUUUUUCAGCUUUCUCUUCCGUCUUUACGAUGUGGCAAAUGUCAUUGGAAUAAUUAAACCCAGGAAGGGAAGCCCGGGCGUACUCCGUGCUUUCUGUACGACACGGGAUACUUUUAUUUUACUAAUUGUUUUGCUCUGCAAGCGAUAACCCGUGAGGAUAAUAAAAAUAAUUCAAGGGUUACGAGCACUGGAUAUUUUGCGUCUGGAUUCCACAUUGCUGAAAGGGGCGUUUUAGCCUGGAUCAAAGGAGAAAUUCCUAUCCGAUUGCAUUCCUGAGUGUAAGCCCUGAAAAGCUUCGUUCUGGUCAGAGACGACACAGCUGACCUAAAGCCACUGUGGACUGUGAACGUAACACGACAGCGUGGGAACUUUUUUUCCUCCUACAUGCUGCAUUUCCACGCAAAGAUCAUUGAGUCGAGGGACAGCAGGCGUGUAAGCUGCACGUGAGGUGACUGCGGGCAGAGAGGUUGUGGCUAUUGGUUUGAAAUUGACAGUCAGCUUCGUUGUUUAAAAAUUGGAGAAUGCACGUACUCUGCCGGGGAAGGAGGGCACGAAGUCCUGAUGAAGAAGAAGAAAUAAGCGAAGACUGAACUGGGCCACCUAGGUUAGCGAAUCCACAGAUACAACUGCCACCCACUGUGAAAUAGUUGCUCCAUUUUCUUUGGAGCGGUGGGCAACGCACAACAUCCUUGUCUGCUACUUUUUUGGCAAGGAAAAUGCGUUCCGCAUGAUCCGCUAACGAAGCUUCCAGAUCCGUAUCUCUCGACUCUGUCUUGCUAUGGCGAGUAACAGGGUUCCCUAUGACAACUGGAAUAUCGUGUCUUUCUACAUCCGUGAGCGGCUCCUUCGAAUGGGUUACGAGUGGGAAGCCCAUGUGCUCAGGGAGCGCGAUUCUCCCAAUAAUGGUUCGCUCGGCUCCUCCCACUCACCUCAGCAGCCCCCAAGGAGAGCGGGCGCUUUACAGAUCCGCCCAGGGGAUCCCCACACCGCUAUACAUGGGGUGCUCCGGGAUGCCGGGGACGAGAUCUCCCGACGGUACCAACGGGAUUUCGCGGAGAUGUCCGGCCAGCUGCACCUUACCCCGAGCACUGCCCGGAGAAAAUUCGCCGCCGUGGCCGAGGAACUGUUCCGGGAUGGUGUGAACUGGGGUCGCAUUGUGGCUUUUUUCGAAUUUGGAGGUACCAUGUGCGUGGAAAGCGUCAAUCGGGAAAUGACCUCACAAGUGGACCAUAUCGCUGACUGGAUGACGGACUAUCUGAACGGACCCCUUCACAACUGGAUCCAAGACAACGGUGGAUGGGAUGCCUUUGUGGAGCUGUAUGGGGGACGGAGGUCAUCAAUGCUUGGAUGUAGUUGGCCAUCUCUCAAGACAGUUUUCAGCCUGGCUGCUUUGGGUGCUGCUGGUAUCACCAUUGGAGCUUACUUUGUGCAGAAAUAAAGAACACAACAGUUUUUUUUUGUUUGUUUGUUUGUUUGUUUUUUUGUUUGUUUUUUUUGGCCUGAUAUGGAUCUUCCCUAGGAAUACUUCUCUUCAGAUAUCAAGUAUUUGAAACAAAACAACAAAAACCAAAAGUUUGUCAGGAGAUGCACUGAAUAUGCCCAUAUGGAAAUGAAGCAAUAACACAGGGAAUUACUGUAUAUUUAGAAGAAAGGGAAGGAUAAUUUUCACUUUAUUUCCACCAGCAUUUGACAGUUUUUUCUUUCUUUUCCUAAAGAAGUCUACAGGAUGUCACACAAUGCAAAACUACUUCUUAUGCACAGUUUUCAUUCAAAAUAGUUCUGAUUCCUCCCUCAAGUUUUAUUUUUUUUUUUUCUUCUGGAAACAGUUCAACUGAAAAACACUUUCAGUUUCUUCAGGUAACUCAUCGUGAGUGCCUUCCUGGAAUGAUGGAUCCAAAUACUUCUGGAGGUGGCAAUGAGUGUUUCAAGUCCUUCCGAACAGACUGUCUGCUGAAGUCAAGUUUAAAAAAAAUUGCAAGCACCACACUUACAUCAGCCUCUGUAGAAAAGACAACCACAUGGCUGGAAUGCCCUUUGUUUUGCCUAUAAGCCGUCUUCUCCUCCCUACUAUAAUUUCCAUCAUUCUGUUGUUUUCCCGAAUUUUCCUGCAGUUUCUUAGUGCGUCUGAUUUUAUCUGUCUAGUGCUUGAUCAAUGGAGAAAGUAGUGUAUGCAGUCACAUACUUUGAAUGAAAUCUGACUGGUGUUUGUACUAAAAUAAGCCCAACUAAAUCCUAAUGACAUGUGCUGCCGUGUUUUCAUGUGAGUCUCUCUGGCUUUAUAUGUUUGACAGAUUUAGUUGAUCUUUAUGAAAAAAGUAGCUACCACUGUUUUGUGGACUUCAUGGAGUAUAGGCAAAUUAGAGAGAAAGCUUAAAAACAGAACAAUGCAAGAGAAGGUACAGCUGAGAAAGGCCCAUGAUGCUCUUAUAGGCUCACCAGUGGUCUAUACUGCUUCCAUUAAUCUGAUGUAAAGAUUAGAAAGAAUACAAAAGUGGGUCAACUCUUCUCCAAGCCAAACACACCGCACCAAUCCAAGAAGAAGGCAGAUGUGUGUAGCAUGAAGGUUUGACUAAUUGGUGUGAAUUUGCAUGAAAGUUGUCUAUUUCAGAGUUGGAGACCUGCUGCCCCUACACAGUUUGACCUAAACAGAGUUCUAGCCCUGGUUCUACUUUCACCCUCUACUUGCUUUGGUGAGCUUUGAUUAUGUUACACCUGGCCUUUGAUUUCUGUAGCAAUUUUAGUCACUGCAAACCAAGUCUUUGUACUGAGAACUGUCUAUGCCAAAUCAAGCCCAUUAGACACUUACAAGCAACGUUUUGUUUCCACUUUCUGUAGACCAGCCAAACAAGUUGACACAUACUGAAGACUGUCUUUGUACUGAUUGCCUGUCCAAACUGAAGGAGAGCAGGCCUGUUGUGUGAAGUGAAGCAGGCAGUCAGAUGCCGUCCUCCUGAUGCAGGGAGUGGGCAACAAAAUAGAAACUAUGUUUGCAUUCUUUACUUUCCCUACAUUUUCCAUGGGUGUAUAAAAAGAAAGUUUUGUCAUGUGGUCAAAACUUUUGGCAUUGAACAGCCUAUCAUAUUUUAGACACCCCAGAACAUGAUAUCUCCAUUUUCAGUGCGAUGACUGUCGGAAUUCAAGUCUGUGAACGUGAUUAAACACAAAACCGAAUUGCUCGAGCCAGGUGAAAUAUGACCCAGUUAUUAGCACUGUAAAUGCACCUCAAGAGCGUUUUAUUCAUUACAAAUAUGGAUUAUUUUAUUGUGCCUAAGCUACAGCACAGCUGGUGAAGGACAAAAUAUUUUUUUCAACAAAAUAUGAUUUUUCUAUUCUAUUCCACGUAAUAAAAUAUUAGUCAUUGAUGUUUUACUGCUAAAAUUAAAGCUUUAUUUAGGAAAAGUCACGUGCUGGACACGUCAGAUUUUUUUCAUGGCUGUAACUAUGCAGUAGGUGGCACAAGACACAGACGCAGUAGCAAAUGCCUGCUCAGUGUGACCUGGAAGAUACAUUACUUAUAAGAUAAUGCACUGCAUGAUCCAGCAGGCUAGCAACAAAGAAAUCUGACGCAUCAAAGAUGGGCUGCUGGAAAACUAUAGCAGGCCAAUGGGUCAAAGACCUAUUUAUCUAAGGAGUGCAUCUUCUCCAAAAUGUACUCAUUUUUAGUUUUUCCCAGUUCCUUGUAGGAAUCUUCCUUUUUCCUUCCCUGCCUCGUCUGACAUCUUUGUAAAGGGCAUAAAGACAUCCAUAGUGGCAGUGCCAGCGCACAAUUCUAGAGACCUGCAUUUGAAUUUCGGGAGGUCCAGCCUCAGUGUAGAGUUUGCAUGUUGUCCCUAUUUCUGCAGGACCUCUGGUUUCCUCCCCCAUUCCAAAAGACAUGAAGGUUAGGUUGAUCAGUGACUCAGAACUGGCCUGUUGUAAAAGAGUGUGAUCUGUGAUGGACAGGGGGGCUUCUGGUGAAUGCCCUUCAUGUCCUGAAAUUGAAUAAAUCAUGGGCCCUUAUCAUGUUAGUCUUUUAUUAAAACUCUUUGCUGGUUAAAAGGAGUCAGCUGCCUCCACCGUUUGCUGCUGUGCCAUAUUGGCUUUCAUUCCUGUCCCCCCUACUUUCUUAUUGUGUUCUUUUAUGUAAAUAGAACACACUUCCACCACAGCUUUAAAAAAGGGGGAAAAGCCUGCCACUAGUGUGUCAAAAUAUGGCCUGCUGAUUAUUCAGUGUUGGCCCAAAGGCAAGUCCCUGAACAGUUUACCGUUAUUUUGUAAGAUGCCCAUCAUGCAGCAGCAGGUUUAUUGUAGGCUGCCAAUGCGGAAUCUUAGUUGUGGCAAGUUAAGAAUAAUCAUGUGGUGUAACUGUCAACUGAAAGAGACAACCGAAUGUUUUGGUUUUGUUUUGUGUUUUUUUUAAGCUGAUAUAAGUACAUCGAAUAGCAUUUAUUUAUGACUCCUUAUUUAAAAAGUUAAAGUUUAAUUCUAAAAUAUAUAUAUAUUUUUAAAACAGAUGCAUUUUAAUAUUUCAUACAUCAGUGACUCUUUGUUGCUUUUAAACUGAUGUCUUUAAAACGUUUAGAAAGUAAUCCUUAACUAGUUUAAGGAAGUAUAUAUUAAUAAUUCAGAAAAAGUCUUUUACACAAUAGAUGCUUUAUUUUAAGUUUACAUCCACUAUUCUUGUAGGGAAAUAAAAGUGAAAAAAAAAGUGCUCUCACGGAAGUGGUUGCUCAAAUAUAAUUUGAAACCAUUCCAGUUAUAAAGGUUUUUUUAUAUAUAUAUCUAUAUACAGUAUAUUUAUUGGAAGGUACCCAGCACACAACAGGUUUUUUGUAUUAAUCCUCGCUGAAGCUUGGAUGGUAAGAUUUUGAGCUUUACAGUGUCAAGAGGAGGGAGUUGGUACAGUAGGCGACAUGUGGGACCCUUCUCCCUUUGCACCUCCCAGUUUCGCACUAUUGACAUUUAUUUGCUGCUGCUAAGUUAGUAUCAGUAUGACGAGUUAUGCUUUAAUGGUUUAAUUAUGGAAGACAAGUAGAACAUGUUGAAUGGGACCUGUUUUUUUUUUUUUUUUUACAAAGCUGCUUAAAAAUAUGGAGAAAAAAAAAUAACAGCAAUUACUGCCAUCGGUGGACCAGUUGUUGGAGUGCAACGUGUUAUUACAAAUACUUCUGUGCUGCAUAUUCUUAGGAAGGAAACUUUAAAUCUGCUGUCUUGGAAUACUGUUAAUAAACACAAGGACACAAAAAACACAUUUUUCCUGGGAUAAAUUUCCAUCUCAUGUACAUCAACAAAAAUGUUCAGCUUUGUCAUAUUUUUACAUCACCUUUCUGCCUGUCGAAUGAAUUUAAUGAUCAUCCCACUGACUCCGAAGAUUGCACCUUAAGUCUUUGAAAAACAGCAAAUUAUAUAUACACACACACACACACAUAUAUAUAUAUAUAUAUAUAUACAUAUAUAUAUAUAAUAUGUUAAUUCUUCUGUUAAUUUUUUAUUUCUUUCCUUUUGGAUGGAUUUUUUUUAUCGCUGAAGAUGGAAAGAAAAAACGAACUGAUGGAAAGUUUGUAAGAUGUGAUGUAGAUUUAGAAAUGGAAAGUGAAAAUAUUUGACAUUGCUUUCCUUUAACUUUUUAAACAAAUGUGCAUUGCAAGAGGAGGAGAGGAAUAAUGAAGAAAAAGGAUCAAGUGAUCGCCAGGUCUUUCAGUAAAGAAGGUCAAAUGGAAACAAGCUGUCAAAAAUUUGGACUUCAUACUGUAACAGAUAUGGCAACUAAGUGGGGAUAAUCUUAGCUUUAAUGCAGAGCCACAGCCUGAGAUGUCACUAGACCAGAACUCUUUGUGUGGCUCUUAGUUUUUUGGCUCUUUAUUUUGUUUGCUUUUUGUCAUUCAUAAAGGCUGUUUGCUUGUAGGUCAACUGGGUUAUGAAUAUUUUUAAGGGCAUCGUAGUGUGUGUAAACUUGUUGGUAAAUGGCUUCACAAGAUCUGUAUGGUUAACUUUACUUUUGAAUUAAAUGAGGCCUCAAGCGUAUCACAUUCUAAUAUCAUAUCUAUACUUACUGUUGUAUAUCCUUUAUAACCAAAAGGGUGACUGCUGUCUGCUAGAAUUCCUAAAAAGCAAAAGUUUGAGCACAAAGAAUAAUGUAAGAAACCUGAAAGACUUUUGUGCUUGCUUGAAAUGUUCUUUUCAGAUUUUUUUUUUGUUUCUUUCUCUUGUCAUUAUAAAUGCAAGUUUAUGUGUUAUCUGCAAAGUAAAUGGUCUCUUUUGAUCUUUAAAGUCCCAAAGGUGUGCUUAAAAAAGUUACAAUAAUAAUUAUGUAUGCCAAGUGAAAUGCACUGUAAACAAAGGACCACAUAAAUGUCAAGUUUUGCGUAAAUAAAAUUUUGCUGUGGCUAUUGUUUUCCCACAGAUGCUUGACUAAGUGGGAAUGGCAGAAAUACAAUGCUGUUCUGGUUCUGAAAAGCUGUGCUCUCAGUGUGUUAAUGUUACUAUACAUAAUGCAAAUUUUGAAUCGUUCAGUAUUGCUUCUUCUUUUUCAGUAUGAACACACAUUUUAUUAAAAGGCCUCUCGAUGUACUGGUGCCCAUGUUCAAGGCUGUUGACUGCCUUAUACCCAGUGCUGCUGAUUUAGACUCUGGGCCCUAACCCUUUAUUAAAUGAAAUGGGUUUGAGAAUGUUAUGCCAUUGUUUUAUUAAGACCUCACUGAUUACAAAUAUCUCUGAAAAUAAUUUGAAAUAGCAACAGAAAAUCAACAGCAGAGAAAAAAAACACAAUGUUGACAUGGGUUCCAUUUAACAUGUGUGUUUCAAGUAUUGCAUCCAUAUAUGUUCUCUUUCAUAUUCCUCCUGUUGCAUGUAGUACUUGAUGCAAAACAGGAAACCUCUCUUUAACAUGUGCCUCUUGACUCUCUGUAGUGUCUAGGCCAUUAGAGAUACAAGUAUACUGUACAUUAUUAGUUAGGUCUUUAUGAAACACCAUGUAUUUUGGGAAGGGUGGAGGUGGUGUGAUUCCCAUACCAUGGAUUUCCCAUCACACCCUAUUGUCAUACUUUAGUUUUUCAGCUCUGCACCUGUGACCAAUGAAAGCAAGCUGUAUCAACAUGGCAACAGGAGGCAUACAAACGAGCCUUGUACAAUUGAGUGUUGAAGCUUAAUUCUUUGCCAUUGCUUCCUCAAAAACAACAUCGUGUCAGUAAAGCAUAUUGUAUCUUUAUGUGUGAUGCCUGGACAUAUUUAGCACACAGUAGAGGUUUCGCUUUCAGGUCUUUUUGAGACCUGUGGGUUCUGUGGGUACCCCUGUCUUCACCCCAUUACAAGAAAUCAGUUUAAGUAGAAUCCCUAAAUUGGCCAGAUAUGAAGAAAUGUGCCAUGUGAUGGACUGGCCACUAUAUGUUUAAUAUAAUUUGGAAAUGUUAUCAUUGUUCUAUAAUUAUUAUAUCACAUCAUCAGGCGUAAAUCACCCCAGAAUGCCUCUUGAUUAGCUGUAGCUGGUCUCAAACCACAGAUAUCAUGACUAUUGACAACUUCCCAUUGAAGCUCAAACUGUCCAAAUUUAUUAACCGAGUGGCAGAACAUUUAGGCGUGUUACAGAAGGAAAGUGAGAUGUAGCCAGUCAAAACACUAAGGAUUAGGAGAUCAUUCAUCAAUGUUUAAUGGAGCUUGCUCAACACAAAGUUGCAAACAAUACCAGAAUCAAACCAGGAAGUUCUAAACAAGAAAAAUGCUCAAAAAUGUUUUUUCCAGCAAUGUUCAGAUACAUUACAAAUUACACAAGCAUCUUUUAUAACAUGACAUUCAUGGUGGGAGUGCCAAUGAAAUACAAAUGCUCAAAAAGGCAAUGAGGUAAAAAUGUUAAAAUUGUAAACCAGUGUUUCUUAUAUUAAUAAUAGUGAGUUUACACCAUUGGGUCAUGAGUCACCAUUGUAUUUAAUGGGAAUGGGUUGCAGAAGGUGUACGAAGUAGGUCACUGUGGGUUCCCACAGGUUAAGCAAUCAGCCUUGCUCCAAUGCUCAUCCUCGCUCAGCACUCUGAUAGUCGGCUGGCAUUUUCCAAGGGGGACCCCCACCUUUUUCUGACAAUUAUCCUUGAUCAGCACUCUCAUGAUCGAUGGCGAUUUUACAAGGGUGAGGGCUCUGAUGAUAGUCAGACCAUGUAACAUGGAAAACGUCUUGAAGACACUAAGAAGGGCAAGACUGGGGCAUAACAACAAAAAGUUUAGGAAACCCUAAUAUAGACAAACAAACCAUAAAAACAGAGAAUUUCAGACAUAAUCAUGAGAGGAGCAAGAUGGCUCAUAGAUGCUCACCAGUAUUUGUUUCAAUGAGAUAAGCCUGCUAGACAGACAACUGGGUUAAAAUUGGAGCCAAGAAGAUAAACUCUGGAAGUUCAGAAUUAAUGAACUUCUCUCCUUUGUAUGUUCUUCCAAAUGUUUAGUGAUUAUAGGAUUAUGGCAGAAUUAUCUCAUUAUUAUAUCAAUGCCCUCAAAUAAAAAUCCCAAAAGAUGUUUAUGACUACUUCAGAGAUUUAACACCACUCAACCCACUAUACAGGUAUUGUACAGCAGGUCGGUGGAGAGAACCGUAACCUUGGCAUUGAGCUUUACAGUAAAGUUAAUUACCUAAUAGUAACAACUCACCUUGCCUCCACUUCCAUGUUGACCAGCAUGUUUUCUAGAAUUUAGAAAAUCAAGCCAAUGUCACCAGUUUAUUUCUUCACUUCAUCUUGAACCUGAAAAGCCUAAUUGGCCGCUCAUCACUUCAGCAGUUUAUAUUGCCACUGCACACAUUCCAGUACAUCCUGACUUUCACUGACUGCGAUUUAUAUCUCAAGAAAUACAAAUGCAUACACACAAGCACAGUGCUCUGUCGGUGUUGUUUUUCUGCUCUUUUUUUUUUUUUGAAAGGAUGAUAACUUUUGUCUGUUUAAUAUGUUGUCUUUAUUUUGUUUUUGACUAAGCACUUGAUUAUUUGAUUUCAUUUUAUUGUAUGUUGAUAAGCUAAGAAAACCAAGUUUUCUGUAACAUGAAAAAUAACAUGAUAAUGUGAAAUUGCUUUUUUUUGUUCAUGUAUUUGUUAUAGUAUAGCAGGGGUUAAUUACCAAAUAAAACUAUUCAAAGUAGAAAGGUGUAUCAGAUUGUCACAAAAGGAUACAUGGUUUUGGUCUCAAAAUUGUUGUUUUUGCUUGGCUGGCCACAAGAAAAUGGAAGAAACUACCAGUUUCUGAUAUUUUUGUUUGCUGUAUUUUCUCCAGUCAAUAUACAGUAUUCAAUUCUUAUGGCUUCCUUGGACACUGAUAAAUUAUAAAUCAAGGAUUCCUAAGGAAGAGUCUUUUGUUCUGGCAGUCUACAAAACAGAGCAACAUUUACUAAAUUAAUCGCUAUUUCAUAGUAAGUGAUGUGCGAAUUGUGAAACCUGUGCGCAUCACUGUUAAAAAGGCUGCAGAACUGAAAGUUUCUUACCUUACAGUAUAAAGUAUAAUACACACUGCUUUACAUACGCCUAGGCAAUACAGGAGAAGGAAACCAUUUCAUUUGUAUAGCUCAUUUCACAACAGACUGCCAAAAGUUGCUGGUCUCGAGGAAAGAGAGUUAACAAUAGGGCAUCACGUAGUUCUAGACACUUUCCUUAUUCAAGAUGUAUAUGGACUUUAGAAAUAAAGCUCCUCAUCGGUCUCUCUCUCUGAACUGGACUUUAGACAGCGGUAGUGUUUACCUGACCACAAUAUAGAAAAGAAGCCAUUCUUAGAAUGGCUAGCAUCAUUUCUGAUUUUCUUUGCCCUGAUCCGACAUCAUUUGAUGUCUAAGCUAGAGAGUUCACACUCAGUGAUGAGUUCGGCUGACCACACCACUCUCUGCCAAGCUUUGUGGCCCUGCUGCAUGCUGUUCCCAAACCAGGUAGUAAUACCUUCAAUGCUGGAUGUGUAGAAGUUCUUAAGUAAUUGGGAGGGCAUCAAGAAAUCCCUGAAGUGAUAAAGGCAUUGAGAUUUUCUUCCAGCACCCCAAGCAGAUGUACAUUUUAGGUUAAUCGGUCAUUGUGAGUGAGUGUUGGCAUGGAGCUGUAGGAGAAUGUGUCCUAUGGUCGACUGGCACCUACCCAGCACUAGUUCUUGUCUUGAACAUGAUGUUGCCAGGAUAGCCUCUGACUUAGAAGGACCCUAAAACUGGAUUUGAAAGAAUGGAUGGAUUAUUUUGUCUGUAUUUAGUAUAAAUAAUAUUGUAGUGAUGCAGUGGUUGGCACUGCAGUCUAGUAUUGGAUUGAUACUAAAAUUUUGACUUCAGUACUGACACCAGCUUUUGCACCUCAGUUCCAGCACCAAAACACUGCCCAGGUACUUUGUUAUAUGAAUACAAGUGCCUCCCUGCUCCACCACACUCCUCAUAUCAUUUAGCACAAAGAUGUAGGUGUUUUAUAACCAAGAGCAUGGGGGGUUGUAGUUACUACACCUUUAGGUUUUCAGUUGUGCUGAUAUAUAACACAGUCCAAUGUGCCUGCCUGCAUGAAAAAAUGUACUUCUGGUACCAAAUUAACAUAAACCUGGUAUAGUACCAAAACAAAAAUUAGGUUAUUUCAGUUCUUUUUCAAUACUGAUUUACCGCUUCACACUACUGCACUAGAGUUCUGGAUUCAAGUCAUGUGCUGGUCACUUUUUGUGUGAAGUUGGCAUGUUCUCUGCCUAUCUGCAUGUGUUUUCCUGAGACACUCUAAUGUCCCACCACAUCCCUUGAAUAUGAAGGUUAGUUUUAUUCCAUAGUGUGAACAACUAUUAGUGAGACCUGCAAUGCUGAUCCUGAAUUGUAUUAAUUUCUACCUUGGAUAAAUGGAUUGAAAAUGAAUGACGCUAAUAACAAAUAGAAUAUCUUUCAGCAAUUAGACCUGCCCUUGCUUCUAAAUCCUGCAAUAGCUUUUAAAACUAGUGUUCAUCACUUUUGACAUAUUCUAAAUUUCUUUUUUUUUAAUGAUUUUGAUGGGUUAUUGUGUUUACAAACCCUUUCAAUUACCUACGUGAGGAAAUAAUAAAAUGAGUACAAGAAUAAGAAAGACGUCAGUUGUGGUGUUGAUGAGACUCCAACUGUUUUCGAAUCUCACUUUUUGAAUGGCACCAAGCUGCUCACUGCCUUUGCAAAUUACGAUGUCCCUAGCACUGCUUAGCAGCUCUUAAUGCUAUUAGAGCACUGGUCUGGAGGACUUGAAUUCUGUUCUUCAAGCAGGAGGCUUACAGUUUACAAAUGAAACUCUGAAGUGCCGUCACUUUCUAGCCUCUUGUUAAACAUGCAACAUGUGUUGAAAAAUCAUGGUGUUAGACACACAAGCAAAUAACUGUGUAGAAUGUGAGGAGGUACUCUCCUGCAUGUUUAAUGAAAAGCUGUCUUUCAUUUUUUUUUUUUGCACUAUAUAGAUCAAAGAUUUAGGUUUACCUGAAACUCUAUAGUCACAGGGUUUUCACUAAAGACGCGUUUGUGUUUAUAGUGUGAACACUCCCUGCCACAUGUCACUUCAGUAUAUAUUUAAUGCUUUUGCCAUUAUUCAUCCUCAUUCCCUUUUACUAUUGAAAAAUUUGUCUAAUUUGACUGGCAAAAUGUAAGCACUUUGGAUCUGCAUUCAAAUUCUGAGGCAUGAGGGUGAAAGCUGCUUAUAAUAAUAAUAAUAAUUCUUUGCAUUUAUAUAGCGCUUUUCUCACUACUCAAAGCACUCAGCAAUUGCAGGUUAAGGGCCUUGCUCAAGGGCCCAAGUAUGUUUUAUAGUAGUUUGUACAUAUGUUUUGUAUGCAUAUCUGUUUUAGGCAUAUUUCUUCAGGGUUAGCUGUGGCUCCCCUCUCCAGAUUUUUGAAUAGCGGACUUACAAGGGGGUCUUUGUGCCUGAAAAAGAGGAAACAAAUUAGAAAGCAAACAUUUUUAACUGAUAUUUAUGUAGAUUAUAACAGAUAGAGAGAUAAAUGAAAUUGUUUACCUGUAAGCCAACUUUCCAGACACUCAUUAUAUUUUCAAAUUCAUUUAAUCAAUUUCAUGGUCAUGGGGGCAAUGUCUAACACAGUAACUUUGGAUGCAAGUCAGAAGCCUGCAUUGUGAUGCCCACUUCCUCAUUUUUAAUCAUUAACUGUUAUCAUCUUACAUAUUUUCUGAAAUGUAGGAGAACAUGCCAACUCCACAAACAGUGGCCAGGCAUAUAACUCAGCCCUAUGAGGGAGCAGCAGUGCUAAAAACUGUGCCACCUUGUGUGGUGGACCCUAUCCCAUAAGUGUAGCUGCAGUAAACAUUUUCACCCCCCUUUUCCCCCCACAGUUCAUUAACAACAAAAGUACAUGUCUAACUCAAGAUGGAUACAGUAUCCUGGUACGCUCUUAAAAUUAAAGGUGCCAAAUUGCUUCUUCUAAGGCAAGUCAUAGGAAAAACAUUUUUGGUUCCCAAAAGAUCCAUCCGCAUGAAGGUUCCUGAAAGAACCUUCAUUUAUUUAGAUCCAUAAUUGGCUUCCUAAAUAACAAAUAAUAGAUGACAGAUUUAUGAAAUGGGUUUAUCAUUUUUAAAGGAUAACUACACAGACGAAGUUCAUAUUUUCAGGAUCUGCCAGUAUCCUGCUAGGUAGCCAGCUAUACGUUAAAGAUUUCUGUAUUUCAAAGCCCAACCUACACCAUACAGCCUAACCAUAUCGAAAGUGUUCAUUUUCAGGCAAUGACUCCAAGACACAACCCAGCAAAGCACCAUUUUAGAACAGUAUUUUUAAGAAUGCAGUUUACAGUUAAAAACAGUAUGCCAAAGGGAAUAAAAAGUAUCACUUUUUAAAAUUUUCCAUGCAUUAUCAAAAAAAAACCCCAUAAAAUCAAGAAUACAUUUAAAUCCUGUACAAUUUUUAUCCCAUCUAAUGCAUUCAGUCUUUAAGGAGAAGUGAGUUUACUCACCAUGUACAGUGCAAAGCGCUUUUGUUUCCUUUGCAUGCUUUCUCAGGUUUACAAAGUCAGGAACAACUUGAUGUAGCACUGUACGUAAUCUGGAAAACUGAGUGAAAGUUUGUACAAAAAGAUGGACGCCUGUGCUGUAGAUCCUUAUCUAAUUUACACAUUGAACAUGCAAUGGCAUUUCACUGCCUGUCACCAUAAGGGUGCCUAUCGAUAGCCGCUGCUUGUUCCUUCCAGAGGAACCAAGUAGUGUAAAACCUGUUAGUCAGGCCAGUAAACAAACCCAUGCUCCUGAUGGCUUCCUGCAAUAAUGCAGUUUCACCACUUAAAGAAAAAGGGAAGCAUUGGAACUGAAAUGUUGUAAAACUGCCCAGAAGAAAGUCAGUCUGUUGUCUCUGUGAAAAGAAAAAGCGAAAAUCCUUGAUUACAUAUACUGUAGCACACUUCCAUAGAGCAUGACAGUACAGUUUACAGUCCACUAGUGUUUACCAUUACCCACCUCACCUUGCAGUUGAAUGCGACUGAACUUGUCAAAGCACAGCCAUGAGCACAUGACUUGGACCCAGGCUUUGCACUGCACACCUGACCUCACAUGGAUCCAGAAAUCCAAAAUGUUAUGGCUUUUCCAUUGGGUGGGUCUUCAAUCUUUUCUGCAUUACUGAAAGCAGAAAAUAGAAAUAAAUACACAAUUAUCAAAUUGCAGCAAGAACAAUGGGUUAGAAAUUGCAUCGCAUGCCUUUUUCAAGGUUAUUACAAAUAUAUGAUGAAACUGAAAUUCAGCUGAACAAUUGGAAGACUGGCCACACCAAGGACAGCCACUUUAGCCAUUCAGUGUCAUAGCAUUCCCUUGAUUUUUAGCAUAUAGCGUGCUUCCAGUCAAGUCCAACCCUUUCCUUCCCCACACUUUCCGGUUUAGGGUUGUGCAGCGCUUGUGCUUGUCUGGCAGCAUUUGGACGCAGCAUUAGUGAAAAAUACUCUCAUGCAGCACAAAGUCAGCUAACCUGACAUGUCUGGUGUUGGGAUAUGAGAGGAAACCAGGAGAAAACCUAGAAAAGGCCCACACAGACACUGGGACAAUGAGCAAACUUAGGUAGGGAUAUGAAUUUGGCACCCUGGGGCAGUUUGCCCCCAUGCAGCUCCAAACUAGGAGCACAUUUACAACUGUAUGAAAUUCAUUCUGAAAUCGUUCAAUAUGUCCAACAGCCCCCAUUGACCAUGCCCAGGACUAAGUGAGGUAGACAAUGACUGACUGUACAUAGAAAUAUACAGAAAACAUAUGUUGUGUAUAUUUGAGGGGUACAUUUAUACAGAGGUACUGUAUAUAUUUAUGUACUGUAUACAUGUAUUUAUUUUUAUUGGUUAUUAAAAAAUUACUCUUUUCAGUUUUAUAGCUUCUGAUAAUGGUAAUAUAAGUAAAAUACAGUAGGCUAAGGCUAGUUGCAAGUCAUGGAUGUGGAUGCAGGAAGUGAAGCCUAGUGGUUCAUGUUUUCAACUUCUUACCCCAAGGCUUCCAUUUCAGUUAUUUGUCAGCAACUGCUCCAUUUGUUUAUAACACUGUUUAUACAGUGACGGGUGGCUGAGAAGCACAAUGCUUAGCUCCAGAACACGGCAACUUCCAGUAUGAGGUGUGGUCAUCCCAGCAUCGACAUCGGUUUUCUCCUGAUGUGCCAGUCUUCAUGCCAAAGAUAUGAAUGUUAGAUUGAUUGUCUUCUCUAAGCUGGCCCAGUAUCAAUGAAUGUACCUGUGGUGAACUGGCCCGCCAUUUUCUACAGAAACAAAUAGGUGUAUAUGUUGUGGCGCUAAAUUAUACAGUUCAUGUUGUUGCUUAACAUAUUUUGUGUGCUGGAUCAAAAUAUGUUAGUAAAGUAUUUUUCAUCAGGUUAGAUUUUGAGUGACAUGUGACUUCAAUUCAAAAAUAUUGAGCAUUUACUUGCCUAUGACAAAAACAUAAUCUAAAACUUCACAACUUUUGAUUCUCUGUUGUUAUUUGUUCUACCAAACUGACUGAGCGCAAUCUAGACUGCAGACAUAAUUAGCAUCCAUAAUAAUCCAUGCCGUUAUGACAUUCCCAACAUUCUCUCUGCGUGCCUUGACCCAGUGGUGUUGUUCAAAGACUUCUGGUGUGAAUUGUUGGGCAAAAAGAGAAAGCCAAAGGUAAAAGAAAGAAACCUCACCUUUACACUUCAUAACCAGGAAAUGAUGGGGAGGCCAGUUGAUAAGCAGGCAGGGGACAGAAAACAUUAAAACUGGAAAACAAUUACUGAAACUCAAAGUGAGAAAACCUAAAAACCAACUGGUUAGCCUUUCCCCUGAUGGCACCAUCUUUUCUAGAGUAACUGUCAUCACGUCACAGGUCCAGCAAACAAAGUGGCGGCACCCAUGCAACCAGGUAAUAAAAUAACAGUGCCAGUGAAGAAAACACAUUAUAAAAUGACAGUGAAGUGAUGAAAUAAAUGCAGACACAAAUUAUAAUAAAAACACAUUCUGGACUGCAUUGAUUAUAAAAUUGUUUUUAGUAAAGAAUGCCUAGAACAGCCGUCCAGAGUUUUGCAGUGGUUUUAUAUAGCACCUUACGUAGAUACAGAUGGUCUGUAAGUAAUGUGUCUUCUUCAGGUGGCUUUUGCUCAGUAGUUCCUCAGUUUUGAGACCAACACUGCACCUGUACAUUUUUGCUUAAAUUCUGCUUGCAAGAUGUGUGUGUUAUCUCCAGCCUGCCCGUAGGAUUUAUUUUAUUCCAUCCAUUAGUGUGCAUCAAAGAGUGUCACGCAUUCCUCCCCCUGCUGCAAAAAUUAUAGUUUUAUUUUUUUAAAUGCUUCUGUGAGUCUUCUCUUACAGUGUAAAGUAGUAUGCUUGUAAUUAAUUUGUCCAGAAUGUGCAGUUCAGAGUCCCACACAUUUCUGAUUUAAUAUCUGCGUUGUGCUCUGUAAUUUUAUUUUUGUCCAUUUGCAGCUCCUGUGCUUAAUAAACAUAAAUCGUUAGAAAUUAA